UCAGUUUUAAUAGAUUAGAUGGUUUAGAUUUUAUUCAUUUGUAAGCUUAGAUUGUAAAGUUUUUAUGUUUAUCUUGUUGUCCUCUUUUUUUUUCAUAUAAAAAGUGUGCUUUAGUUUAAGAUAGCAUCUUCUACGUAUUUUAAUCUCUCGUAUGGGUCCGAGAUGUUUGAGGGCUGAUGCUGCAAGUCCAGACGGAUUCCAACUAUUACCACCACCUAACCUCUCCCAUUCACAUAUCUUGCUUCUUACUUUCCCUUUCCACCAUCUCUCUUUCUCUUUUGCUUCUCUCAAAAAACAACAAACAGAAAAAGUGGACGAUGCAAGAACUUCCAGAUUGCUUGUACGAGGGAAAUCAACCAACCCUAAUCACUCCUUCAUCCCCCACACCAAAUCACUCUCUCUACCUUUCCAACCUAGACGACCAUCAUUUUCUCAGAUUCUCUAUCAAGUACCUCUACCUUUUCCAAAAGUCUCCUUCCUCUCAAACCCUUAAAGAUUCUCUUUCUAGGGUUUUAGUCGAUUACUACCCACUCGCUGGCCGGAUCAAAGUCUCUGACGUCAGUGCCAAGCUCGAGGUUGACUGUAAUGGGGAAGGAGCAGUUUUCGCGGAAGCCUUCAUGGAUAUAACUUGUCAAGAGUUUCUUGAACAUUCACCCAAGCCAAACAAGUCUUGGAGGAAGCUCUUGUUUAAGGUUCAAGCACCUAGUUUCUUGGAGAUUCCUCCUCUUGUCAUACAGGUGACGCAUCUCCGUUGCGGGGGUAUGAUCCUCUGCACCGCGAUCAAUCAUUGCCUUUGUGACGGCAUCGGCACAUCGCAGUUCCUACAUGCAUGGGCCCAUGCAAAUAACACCAAUGCUUCUCUUCUGGUCCAACCGUUCCAUUCUCGACACAUGUUAGACCCAAGAGAUCCACCGCGUGUCACACACUCACAUCCCGGUUUCACCCGAACCACCGUAGAAAAAACCUCAACCAACUUCAACAUCUGCAAGUAUUUACAGUCCCAACCGCUAGCUCCCACCACCCUAACCUUCACACCAUCCCUAAUCCUAAGGUUAAAGAAAACAUGCGCUCCCUCGCUAAAAUGCACCACGUUCGAGGCACUAGCUGCUCACACGUGGUGCUCUUGGGCUCGAUCUCUUGACUUGCCGUUGACCAUGCAAGUCAAACUUUUAUUCUCAGUCAAUAUGAGGAAGAAGCUGAGUCCAGAACUUCCUCAAGGGUAUUAUGGUAAUGGAUUCGUGCUGGCUUGCGCGGAGAGCAAGGUUCAAGACCUAGUCAGUGGUAAUAUUUACCACGCGGUGAAAUUAGUACAGGACGCGAAAGCAAGGAUCACCGACGGAUAUGUAAGAUCAACGAUAGAUUUACUGGAGGAUAAAACAGUAAAAACGGAUGUCUCAUGCAGUUUGGUUAUCUCGCAAUGGGCGAAGUUAGGAUUAGAGGAGUUGGAAUUUGGAGGAGGAAGGCCAAUGUAUACGGGUUCUUUGACAAGUGACAUCUACUGUUUAUUUCUGCCGGUGGCAGGAAACUUAGAUGCGAUUAAGGUUCAGGUGUCAUUGCCGGAGGAUGUUGUGAAGAGGCUAGAGUAUUAUAUGGUUAGGUUUUUAGACGGAAAAGACAAGGAGGAAGACCAUUCUCUUGCAUAAUAAAGUUUUGAAAGAAAAAAAUAA